ACGGCCUGUUGGUUCUGUGAGUGCAUGAGGGUUGGCGAGUUACUUUCUGCCACUUUGCUGAUGCUCUGAUGCUCUCUCUCCCUCCCUGAAUUAGAAAUUAAUCAAUCCUAGUUCAGAGUGGAUGGUCCCUCCUUAGGUAGAAGAACAAUAGAAUCCAAAUAAAAUCUUGUUCCAUUAGAUUGAAAUAUUCAUAUGCAAAAGGGACGUCUUCUAAAUUUAAUAAAAUGGAACUGAAUUUCGAACCAAAAAGCUGGCUCCAGAGGCAAAAUUUGAAAUGUUCGAUUGACAUGAAAAAGAAAUCUCUUUGAUUAAAUGCUUACGUAAUAUUCGACAGACUUUUUAAAGAAAAUUGCCAACCAGCCAAAGAAUGCCAUGAAUGGUAGCUUGGAAACUACAACGGAUCAUAAAAAUUUUCUGUUAACCACCUUAACAGAAGAAAUGAUUCUGUCAAAUGAAUCAGAAAUUUUGCUUUUCAGAAAUCUGUCACCAGACACUCAAUCUCCACAGUUUCAACUACAGCCCUAUUAUGGAGACCAACUGGAAGUGUACCGCAACUUCUAUUCUUCAAUCCAUGGUUACAUAAGCAUAAUGGUAUGCCUAUUUGGCAUAACAGCUAAUUGCAUGAACAUUAUUGUCUUGACCAGAAAGAACAUGGUUUCACCAAUCAAUGUUAUUCUUACUGGACUGGCUGUUGCCGACAUGAUGGUGAUGAUAUCAUAUGUGCCAUUUAGUUUACAUAAUUAUGUACGCACUGGAUUAGAAGAGAAAGAAAAAUUUACUUUUGGAUGGGCACUGUUCACUCUGUUUCACGCGCAUUUUACAGUUGUGAACCACACUAUUGCUACUUGGCUCACUGUAACUGUAGCCAUUUGGCGGUUCAUGGCUGUCUGCUACCCUGCACCAACUAUGAGAUACAGAGGAAUUCCACAAGCAAGGAUAGCUAUUGCUUGUACAUAUAUUGUAUGCACUAUCUUCUGUAUCCCGAAUUAUAUAACAUUCACAGUAGCAUCUAGUUUAGAUUAUCAGAAUAACACCAUUUACAAGGUCAAUUUCAGUGAGUUAGCAAUGCGACAUGGCGGUUUAUUAGCUUCAAUCAACUUCUGGAUGUUCAGCGUAAUCUCUAAAUUGGUGCCCUGCAUAGCUCUCACAGGGCUCAGUUUCAGUCUUUUGAAGGUUCUGUAUGAAGCCAAUAUGAGAAGGCAACGACUCAAAGUUGGUUCUGAAAACGAUAAAUGUCACGACAGGACCACCAAAAUGCUCCUUGCAGUUCUCUUCCUGUUCCUUCUCACUCAGUUUCCUUCUGGAAUGUUGGCUCUUCUCAGUGGUGCUCUGGGCAAUGAAUUCUUCAAUAAUGUGUACUUGAACUUUGGUGAAACCAUGGACAUUCUUUCACUUAUAAAUAGUGCUGUGAAUUUCAUUAUAUACUGUUCAAUGAGUCGGCAGUUUAGGCAAACAUUUACAUUUUUGUUUUUCACACGUUUUAGUAAAGAUAAAUGGGCUGCUAUACCACCAUCAGAGCCAACGCAAACUGUUGGUACUGCUUGUGUGUAACACAAGAUAAAAAAAAAUAUUCAGACAAACAAUUCUUUGAAAUCCAUAUAAUACUGCGAAUAUGCAGGAUGAUCUUGAAAAAAAUUCUAUUAAAAGCCAUUCAAUUCAACAUUUAAAUAAAUUAUUGCAGAUAUAUCAUAAUUUUUUUGCACAAUACAGAUUUCGAAUACACAAAAAUAUAUAUUAUUCUUCAGAUAAUAAAUAAAUUUCAAAAAUAACUAAUAAAUAUUCAAAUAAAUUACAUUUUAGUUUAAUAAGUAACUAAUCGAAUAACUGAUUAUAAUAAUGAAUUUAUAAAGAAAUUAUAUCGCAAUUCCCUGAAUAUCAAGAAUAAAAAUGAUGUGAAUAAGCACCCCAACCUUUUUAAUGAUGAUAAUUUAUUAAUCUUAAUAUUUUUGAGGCUUGUUUUAAAAUUAUGUUUAUCUGGAAAUAUGCUUUAUUAAAUUUACUAUUUCUGGAAUAAUUUUUGAAAAAAGAAAUAUUCUCCAGACAUUCAAAUUAUAUGGUAUACAUAUUGAGACAUUACGAAACACGUUUUCUUCAAGAUUUAUAGACACAUAUUGAACAAAAAUCAAAUACUGUGUGUUGAUAUAAUAGGUGAUAACACUUACGACAUGACUCACCUUUUCUCCGCUUGAACAUUGAACAUUCGCCAAAAUGCAUAAAACCUUAUCUAGUCUAUGUACAUAAAAUGUGAAUGACUUUAUAUACAGCACUACAAUUUACUUUGUACUGUGAUGUAUUUCGUAAAUGUCAUUGUAUUAUAAAAAUAUUAAGUUUUGUGCUAUAUAUUGAUUGUUAAAGUAAUGUGAAGAAAUCAUGUGAAAGUUAACAUAUAUAUACUUUGUAAAAUGAUGGAUAGAAAAUACAAAUGAAUGAUUCUUUUGUAAUGCCCCAUUAAAAAAUGGAGUACACUUGUUCAGAAUAUAUCAUAUCGUACAUUAAUUUGUAGUAUGAAUGUAUAGUUAUUCUGAUUGACUGCUGCUUAAGAAUAUGAUCUCAAUAACAUUUGUGAAUUGCAAAUAA